UUUAUUAGGGGAGAGGGGUCAGUUUGUAAUUUUCUAGCACUUUGGAAAUUAGACUGGGAGGAAGCUCCUGGUCAUUUGCAACAGAAGUCCAUUUAUUAGAAAGAAGACGCGCGUCUUUGUCGAGAUAGAACAUUUUUCCUGUGUGAAGCGGUUUGUCAAGCUGUAGAGACCGAAUGAGAGACGCUACGGGAGUGGGGAAUUUAUCUGUCCACAAAAAAACGCAUUCCCACAGAACCCAUAAGACACCCGUGUCCUUGGCUAAAGUGCCAUUCAAGGAUGGACAGAAAACAAAAAAGCUUGCGAGGAAAUUUGAAGAAGGCCAGGAUGUCCUAGCCCGGUGGUCAGAUGGCUUGUUUUAUCUUGGGACUAUCACAAAGAUAAACAAACAUAAACACAGCUGCUUUGUUGUCUUUGAAGACAGUUCGAAAUCCUGGGUUCUCUGGAAGGACAUACAAACUGGAGCCAGUGGUGGUGGGGAGAUGGUCUGCACAAUAUGCCAGGAGGAAAACUCAGAAGCACCAAAUGAGAUUGUUAUCUGUGAUAAGUGUGGGCAAGGGUAUCACCAGACUUGCCAUGCACCAAAUAUUGAUUCCAGUGUGAUUGGAUCGGACGAGAAGUGGCUUUGUCGCCAGUGUGUUUUUGCAACAACGACCAAGAUAGGUGGUGCUCUUAAGAAAGGACCAAAUGCCAAAGCUCUGCAAGUCAUGAAGCAGGCGUUGCCGUACACAUUGGAGGACCUGGUGUGGGAUGAGGGCCAUAAAACUAAUAUCCAGCAAUGUUAUUGCUAUUGUGGGGGGCCUGGAGACUGGUACCUGAAGAUGCUGCAGUGCAGUAAAUGUAGACAGUGGUUUCAUGAGGCCUGCAUACAAUGUUUCCAAAAGCCAAUGCUUUAUGGAGACAGGUUCUAUGUAUUUAUUUGUUCUGUUUGCAAUUCUGGACCAGAGUACCUCAAACGUCUACCGUUACGAUGGGUAGAUAUAGCACACCUGAGCCUUUACAACCUAAGUGUUAUUCAUAAGAAAAAAUACUUUGAUUCAGAGCUGGAGCUGAUGACAUACAUUAAUGACAACUGGGACAGACUACAACUUUCUGAUCUUGGAGACACUCCAAAAUGUGACAGAUACGAUAAUAUUCUAGAAGCACUAAAUAAAAACAAAACCAUGUUUAUGUCUGGAAAAGAAAUAAAGAAAAAGAAACAUUUGUUUGGGCUGAGAAUCCGUUUUCCUCCUGCUCCUCAGAAUACAGACUCGAAAACGGCACAAGAGCCAGAGAGAGCCUCCCAUGAAAUCAAAAUCAAGGGCAGAAAAUCUACAAAGCCUUUACCAGACAGCAGCGAAAUCACAAAUGGAGUAGGAAGAAAAAGAAAGUAUGUAGGUCAUUCACUUGAAACAUUUGCAAAACCGAGACGGUCCUCAGAGCUCUCAACCCAGGAUCUGGAUGAACCACCAGUGUUUGAAAACAAUACCUUGGAUCUGCUUUCUUCAAAAAUGAGUGAUAAAUCUGCACAGUCAUCGAGUACCUCGGAUGUGGAAUCGACGGGUGCUGCAAGCACCACUGAAACUACCUCAACAAGCAUUUCAAAACAGUCGAGUUAUUGUAUCUCCAGCAGGAGAACCCGUGCAGGCAGACUGUGGCCCAUAGCUCGCCCCCCUCUGAGAAGAGGGAGGAGGCGAGGACGCCGACCUCGAAGGACACUCCAGACUUCAAACCCCAAGAUCGACGGAGAAGAGGAACCCAAGGACGACUGUCAGUUCUCAGGAUUAGACACCGACCUUGUUAGCAAUUUAGAUCAGGAGGUGCAGCUAAAUCACCUGAAGAAUUCCAUCACUAAUUAUUUUGGUGCUGCUGGAAGAAUGGCUUGUGGGGAAAAAUACCGUGUUUUGGCUCGUCGUGUAACUCUCGACGGGAAAGUGCAGUAUCUUGUGGAAUGGGAGGGAGUUACAGCAUCAUGAGCUUGGAGUCGCAUUAUGUUCACUGCAUGUUAUGUGGCUGAGAAGGAAUAAAUAAUGUGACUGUUUUUAUUUUUUUUAUUUAAAGAUUCCGUCUGUCAGUCAAACAUAUUCAGAUCAGCAAGUGAUGUACGAGUGGAGUGAUAAUUGGCUCUACUAAUUUUCAGUAUCCUGUGAAGUGGUUCUAGGUUUUCCUUUUCCUCCACAUAGAUUUGCCCUUUCAGUUAGUUGAUUUAAAAUGAAUGAAGGUAAUUAAAAAAAAAAAAAAAAAAAAAAAAAAAAAAGUAUUGUGAUUUGGGUAGAAUUAUAAUUUGGCAGAUGUUGGAGGACAAAGUUCUUAAUGUUUUAUCAAAUAGGCAGUGUUUUGGCAGCACAAGAUCUCUAUCAUAUCCUCCAAAUAUCUUACUGCAUUUCAUGUAUAUUAAAUGUAUAUUGAAAUGUGAAGGGUAUGUAUGUUACAUUAAUAAGUUAUUGGGGAUCUGGAUUAACAGGAAUAGUUUAAACUGCAAUGUUAUAUUUUUUUUUUUUUUCCCCAGACAACAGUAUCAUCCUUUUUCUAAACGGUUUGAUUAAUUGGUUUUGUUUGAUUUGUAAUCCAUUUUUACCAUGUUAUUGCUAUUGUCCUUCACAGAAGUGUGUUUAAGUUCAAUGUGAAUAGUGUGAUAUAGCUCUACAUGUGGAAGCCUCUUAAAUGUAAAUCUAAUGUGACUAGCCGUUAAUGUCUUAACAUAGUUUCUUGCUGGUUUGUAUUUUAGUAAUCUCUUUCCUAUGCAACUGAAAAUGUUGAAGAAACAUAAGAAUAGAGCUAUUUCAAGUUAAACAGUUUUGCCAUAACUACUUCAGGACGAGUUUGCAAUAUUUAGUUACAUUUUGACUCCGGCUCUAAUUUCUGGUGCUAUGGUUUAAACUGGUACAUACAGUUUGUAUUUACCCCUCAGGAUGUCAUCAGCAACGUUUACUGUACAUAUUUUUUUUAAACCUGUUUGGAAAUGACACGGACUGCAUUUUGAUGAAUAGUGGACAAAAGGUGUCGACAACAAAGCAGCACAAACAGUGCUGGUUUGAAACUUAUUUUUUCAACAAUAAGAUGCUUGCAGAAACUUUGCCAAUCUCAUGCCCUGUAUAUAUUGUUUAAUGUUCUCCUGUAAUUUUCAGUAGCCUUUUAAAUGUAAUGUGUUGUAUUAAAUGCACAGGGUUUUUGAAGAGCACAUUUGAGGCUACAGUCUUGUCUUGACAUUGAUUCCUCUGUCUUUUUGUUUUUUAAAUCAA